AUGACAUGUGAUGUCAUAUCAUUAUUACAUAACGACCACGUAUUAUCUACAUCAACAUGUAACAAUGAUGUAUCAUCUACAUCAACACCUGGUAGGAUUGUGGUAAAGUUUUCAGUUCUUUUCGUUUAUAGAGAAUGUGCUUUGAUGGGGUUUCAGCAAUGUGAUGAAAUACAGUGUAUAUGUGUUACAAUUGUCUAUUGGAUUCUAUUUUGCAAGCCAUGUCAGAAGGCAAUAGUGGUUGCUUUUCCCGAACUUAUUUUUCUCAUCCCAUCUACUGCUGUUGUGUGUUCAUACGAACUGAUGCCUGUGACAGUCACCUUUAGAAAUUGUAAAGGGCAAUACUGGCAUGUGAAGGUGGAGGUGAAUGAAUGCAAUGGCCAGAUGUUUUUUAAGAAGGGUUGGAGAAAAUUCAUUGAUGAAAACUCCGUAAAGGAUAAAGAUAUUUUAUUUUUCAGUUGUUUUGGAUGUUUUGUGUUUGAUGUGAAAGUAUUCCGAUUAGAUCGAUGUGAGAAGAGUGUUUCACAUCUAGUGUUGGAUGAGCAGGAAGAUGAUGAUUAUGAUGAUGAUGAUGAUGAUGAAGAAUUUCAGGAAGAAGGAGAAGAUAGUGAGAUGGAGUUGGAGGAAGAAGCAGAAGAAGAAAAUGAUUAUGAUGACUUUCAGGAAGAAAGAAAAGAUAGUGAGCUGGAGUUGGAGGAAGAAGAAAAUGAUGAUGAGGACUAUCACGAAGAAGGAGAAGAUAAAGAGCAGGAGUUGGUGGAAGAGGAGGAAAAUGAAGAAGUAUUGGAUAGUUUAAACAAAAGAAGAGGCCAAAAAAUGAACAAUAAAAGAAACGAAGGUGACUUAUUUUUUGUAUGCGAGUGCAUCUGUGCAUGUAUGUGAAAUUGUGCAAACCAUUCAUUCACUCAAAUAAUGAUGCAUGUUUUUUAUAUGCUAAAACAUUACCCUUUUGUUUACUUGGGUUGCAUGAGGAAUUUGCUGCUAUGAACGAUGAAGGAACUACCUCUAUGGAGGUUGAAGAGGAGGAGCUUUAUCCAGAAAAAUAUGUGCAACAUUUGAAUCUUUAUUUGUGGCGAGGAUAAGGCUCAGGAGGAAGAACGAAUUGGUAUGUUACUUUUAUUCUUGUUCUUCUUAUCAUAUAAUAAAAAGCUGAAUUUGCUUCUACUCUCUUGGCUGCUCAAGGAAUUUGUGAUCUGAUUUUGUAGCUAGUUUCUUGAUUAUAGCCUUUUUUUUCCCUUUAGACUACAGUGGUUAUUUUUGUUCUUUUGUUUUCCAUUCUCGAAUCAAACUUCAGUUAGUCCACCAUGUUUGA